CAAACGCGUUGAUCACUGUUCCCCGCUCCAACGCUUCAUCAACGAUCAUCUUAGCGUUUUAAGGAGUAAAUCGAAGCCUAGAUUGGUUUGAAAUUUCAGAGUUCGUGUUUUCAGAUUCGAUCCUCCCGUCAAAUUGAAUUCGUUUUCGAGAUCCAAGUCCUAACUGCAGUUCAAAGCGCGGCAAUGGAUUCAUCGGCACUUCUACUUAACCAGCUCAAGUCAGCUGAGCCGUUCUUUUUGUUAGCCGGUCCCAAUGUCAUCGAAUCAGAGGAGCACAUUCUACGGAUGGCUAAACACAUCAAAGCCAUUGCUUCCAAGUUCGAUUUGCCGCUUGUUUUCAAGUCUAGCUUUGAUAAAGCCAACAGGACAUCAUCUAAAUCGUUUCGCGGCCCUGGCAUGGAGGAAGGAUUAAAGAUCCUUGAGAAAGUUAAAGUAGCGUAUGACAUCCCUAUUGUGACUGAUGUGCAUGAGACUAUUCAGUGUGAAGCUGUUGGAAGGGUUGCAGAUAUUAUUCAGAUUCCAGCAUUUCUCUGCCGGCAGACAGAUCUUUUAGUUGCAGCUGCCAAAACUGGAAAAAUUAUCAAUAUCAAGAAAGGCCAAUUUUGUGCUCCUUCGGUGAUGGUAAAUUCUGCUGAGAAAAUUAGAUUGGCUGGAAAUAACAACGUUAUGGUUUGCGAGAGGGGGACAAUGUUCGGCUAUAAUGAUUUAAUUGUUGAUCCACGCAACUUUGAGUGGAUGAGGGAAGCAAAUUGCCCAGUUGUAGCUGACAUCACUCAUUCUUUACAACAACCUGCUGGGAAAAAGCUGGAAGGUGGUGGUGUUGCUAGUGGAGGCCUUCGCGAGCUAAUACCAUGUAUUGCAAGGACUGCAGUUGCUGUCGGAGUUGAUGGAAUUUUCAUGGAGGUGCACGAUGAUCCUUUAAAUGCUCCAGUUGAUGGACCGACACAAUGGCCCCUUCGCCAUUUGGAAGAAUUGCUAGAAGAGCUAGUAGCUAUUGGUAAGGUGAGCAGGGGGAAACAACCAUUCAAUAUCGAUCUCACUCCAUUUCGAGAUUAGGGAGUUUGUGGACAUUUAUCUCCUCCCCGCAAAUCAAUUCAAUGUUGUAUCGGUUAUUUCCGCAUAUUUAUUAGCCUUUUAUGCUACUGUGUUUCUAUGAGGUUGUUGCUAGAAGUAGAACUAACUGAAUAUAAAAGCAUGUACUAAAAUUCCAUUGGUUGAAUCUUCUACCAAUAUUUUUUUAUCCAUUUCACAUACAGUUCUUCUUCU